AUGACAUUAUUGCAUAGUGACUAUUCCAGCCGCAGUCCUUUUGCCGAACCAACUACGCUUGAAAAGAUCUCUCAGCGGCUACCUGCGAUCUUCCGAUGGGGGGCUGACCGAAUUAGAACUCGCAUUGCGUUCUUCGGAAACAUAUCUACUUUCACUACAAGACGCACCGGCCGGACAGGGGUGAUUAAGACUCUUCUUCAGACACUCUUUACUAUUCGCACUGCGCUGGUCUUGUUGUGGGGACUUACGCUCUGGUGGGGAGAAAGAACUGUAUUCAAAGAGAGUCUGGAGGCUUGCAAUUGGAGUCAUUGGGAAAAAUGGCCCCCAAAUGCCAGACCUCAUCACAUUGUUUUCAUAGCCGAUCCGCAACUUGUUGAUGCACACACCUAUCCUGGUCGACUGUGGCCGCUAUCCUCAUUAACUGAGUUUUAUGCAGACUUGUAUCUGUACCGGACCCAUUCACUACUUCAAAAGUACCUCCAGCCUGACAGUACAUUCUUUCUUGGUGAUCUCUUUGAUGGAGGAAGAGAAUGGGGCACAGAGGGAUAUUCCAGCCCGGAUCCCAGAUUCAAGGGUUACGGUAAUGACUAUUGGAUGAAAGACCACAAGCGAUUUUCAAGAAUAUUCUUGGAUACCUGGGGGUUAGGGGGACAUGGAUCCCAGUCAAGCCAUGGUGGAAGGAGGAUGGUAGCCGGGUUACCGGGGAACCAUGAUAUCGGCUUUGGUAAUGGUGUGCAAAUGCCAGUUGUCCACAGGUUCCGUUCUGUCUUUGGAGAAUCGAACCGAGUUGAUAUCGUGGGGAAUCACACAAUUAUCUCAAUUGAUUCGGUCUCGUACAGUGCAAAGGACCAGGAGAAUUCAGAGACAGGGGGGUCAAACACCGGCAAUCGAGCGAAAACGGAGGUAUGGAAUGAGACACAAGAAUUUCUCGACAAUAUGAAAACCCUGAAGCAGGAGGCUCUACGACAAGAGCUAUCUGCGUUGGCAGGCAACGAUUCACCCGCCCCAGAUCCAAAUACACAGCUUCCAACAAUCCUUCUCACACAUGUUCCCCUGUAUAGGGAACCACACACCCCAUGUGGGCCUUUGCGCGAGCAUUGGCCUCCAUCGUCAACCAAUCCUUUGCCAGACAAAGAUGAGAGAAACGCGAUCCCCAUCAGCAAGGGGUAUCAGUACCAGAAUGUCUUAACCGCCAUGAUAUCAAACGAAAUCAUGACCAAAGCGGGGCCGGUUAUGCAAGUAUAUUCGGGCGAUGACCAUGACUACUGCGAGAUUAUUCAUACCGAGUUUAGCGGAGCUCCAAAGGAGGUGACAGUGAAGAGCAUGUCUCUGGCAAUGGGCGUCAGAGUGCCAGCCGUCCAGCUGGUGACGCUGUGGAACCCCAUUGACCCAAAAUCAGGUAGUCCUCUUGGUCUCCCUGGCUCCUCGACAACUCUGCAAAACCAGAUGUGUCUGCUCCCUAACCAAAUAUCCAUUUUCAUUGUAUAUGGUUACACCUUUGCACUCACUGUCCUGGCUCUCCUUUCACAUUCCAUAUAUCUUUCCUACCGCCAUAAAGUGGGGUCUACUACCAGCACGGAUUCGAUAUUGCCCUUAGCUUACCGGCGGCCUAUCAAUGACUACUAUCCCCGCUCGACUGAGUUCCCCGCCGCAUCACCGUCGACGACGUCGUCCAAUUCAAUCGGAGGGGCCUAUUCCAUGACCCGAACCAGGGCUGCUAGUACGACCUUACCUUAUGAAGCUCGUGGCUUCAAGGCGGCCCAAACCGUUGGAGGACCCGCUGAAGGAAACGGUGGAGUUGCAGACCAGGUUGCAUCAACGAUACCAUCGGGCGAUAACACACGAUCUCGACGGUCAGGAUGGGGCGUCAUGGACAAUAACGGUUAUUCUGCCAUAGCGGAACCCUCUCUGGAGAGGGGUCUUUCCAGCCGGGCAAGUCUGCGUCCUUUUCAGGUAUUUCGAGAGGAGCUUGUGUCAUCUACAAAGUGGGUUGCCGUUAUGUCUCUCGGGUGGUAUUUGUGGUUACUCUGGACAUGGUGA